UAUGAGUCUCAGCUCCGUGCUCAAGGAUCUAGAGGAGUUGACGUCCAAUGCUAAACAAACACAAGAUGAUUUGUUGGAUGAGAUACUAAGAGUUAACGCUAACACAAAAUAUCUCCUUCCCUUUCUCCAUGGGAAUCCUGAUAAAGAGCUAUUCAAGAAGAACGUACCAAUCGUUACCUAUGAAGAUGCUAGGCCUUAUAUAGAACGUGUAGCGGAUGGAGAACCCUCGGAUGUUAUUUCGGGCGAACCUAUCACUAGCUUCUUCCUAAGCUCUGGAACUACAGGAGGGAAACAGAAGAUCUUCCCAGUGAACAACAAAUUCUUUGAGAAAAUAGUAUUCAUCGAUGCUCUACGCACCUCCAUUAUAUCCAAGCAUAUCAAUUGUGUCGAGCAAGGAAAGGCCAUGUCGUUUCUUAACACCAGACCGUUAUCCACAACUUCCUCUGGUUUACUUGUUGCUCCUUUGAUGACAAGUUUCAUAGUGAGCAGUUAUUUCAAGAAGUACUGGUCGUCGACACGUUUUACUAGCCCCGACGAAGUGAUACUAUGUGUAGACAACAAACAAAGCAUGUACUGUCAUCUUCUCUGUGGCCUUGUCCGGAGAGAGGAGGUUGUGAGUCUGGUUGCUACCUUUGCUUCGGGGGUAGUCCAAGCCAUCACUUUUCUCGAAUCUAACUGGAAAGAAUUGUGUAACAACAUUCGAUCUGGUUAUAUUAGUGAGUGGAUCACCGACCUUGGUUGCAAAGACUCUGUUUCCAUCAUUCUUGGAGGGCCUAACCCUCACUUGGCAGAUCUAAUUGAACAAGAAUGCAGCCAGAAAUCAUGGGAAGGUAUCAUCACACGUCUAUGGCCUAACAUCAAAUUCAUUCAAAGCACACUUACUGGACAGAUGAGUCAAUACAUACCAAUAUUGGAAUUUUAUUCAAACAAGCUGCCACUCAUCUCCCCGAGUUAUUCGUCUUCUGAAACAUUGUUUGGAGUAAAUGUGAAUCCUCUAUGCAAACCACAGGAUGUGUCUUACACAUUUAUGCCCAACAUGUCAUACUUCGAGUUCAUUCCAGUUGAUGAAGGAAACAACGGUGAAAUUAUUGACCUUGUGAACGUUAAGUUGGGAUGCUUCUAUGAGACCUUGGUCACAAAUGGUUUUGGCUUAUACAGAUAUAGAAUGGGGGAUAUUUUACAAGUGACUGGAUUUUACAAUAGUGCACCUCAAUUCAGAUUUGUCCGUAGAAAAAAUAUUGUUCUAAGUGUUCACGUGGAGGCAACAACUGAAGAAGAUCUUUUUAAGGCGUUGAAACAUGCAACACUUGUUCUUGAAUCUUCCGGUUUAAUGUUGAUGGGAUUCACAAGCUAUUCUGAUAUCUCUACUGACCCAGGUCAUUAUGUUCUUUAUUGGGAGCUUAAAGCCAAACACUGUAAUGGAAUUUUUAAGCUUGAUAACGAGGUGAUGGUGGAAUGUUGUUGUGUGAUGGAGGAAUCGUUAAAUUCUCUUUAUCGAGAGAUAAGGAGUAAAGAUGGAUCUAUUGGAGCUCUAGAGGUAAGGGUGGUGCAACAAGGAACGUUUGAUUCUCUCAUGGAAUACUUCAUCUCCAAGGGUGCUUCUACAACUCAAUACAAGACACCUCUUUCCGUAAACUCUCCCCAAGUUUUAGCAAUUCUUGAAGACAGAGUUCUUGCUCGAUUCUUCAGCGACAAAUCCUCUCCCCUCUGA